UGAACGAGUGCGAUUUCUUGGCAAUCGCGAAUUCAUGAUUAAUUUCUAAAGUGGGGACAUUAUCGAGUGUGUUGAUUUAUGUGCUUGAACCGAACCGAGAAAUAUCACCGGUAAUACCGGAACUCCUCUUUGGAGUCUGCCCGUAACAAAUUCGCCAUGUCAUACUUGCAAAAUGGCCCCACGAGACGUCCAGCAAGCGAUAAUUUUGACGUUGCCUGCAAGGUGAUGUUGCUCGGAGAUUCCGGUGUGGGUAAAACAUGCGUCCUUGUGAGGUUCAAAGAUGGUGCUUUUUUAUCAGGCUCGUUUAUUUCUACUGUUGGAAUCGACUACAAGAAUAAAAUCGUCGACGUGGAAGGAACUAAAGUGAAACUGCAGAUAUGGGACACUGCUGGACAAGAGAGGUUUCGUAGCAUAACUCAUGCUUAUUACAGAGACUCCCAAGCUCUUUUGUUGCUUUAUGAUGUCACAAGUGAAAGUUCCUUUGAGAAUAUUAGGGCAUGGCUGGCUGAGAUCUAUGAGUAUGCCUCAUCAGAUGUAAUAAUAAUGUUGUUAGGGAACAAGGCUGAUCUGAACAAGGAGAGAGUUGUUAGCAGGGAACAAGGGGAAAAACUUGCUAAGGACCAUAAUGUAGCAUUUAUGGAAACAAGUGCAAAGAGUGGACUGAAUGUUGACUUAGCAUUCAUGGCUGUUGCCAGAGACAUGAAACACAGAAAUCUCAAGAGGCCAUCUGAACCAAAGUUCAACAUUGAGCAGUAUGUAGAGUCACAAAGAGAAAAACCUGGUUGCUGUUCUUGACACUAGCAACAAGGAUCUUGGGUUAAAAAGUUGAAUCAAAUGCAAUUAAAAGUAAACCAUUAGAAUAAAACUAUCUUUGAAAUCAUAGCAAAAGUAAUGUUUGAUAUAAUGACAUGUGGUGUUAAAUGUUAAAAAAAGUUUAAGGACUAGCACCAAAUUUUAGCAUUUCUGGAAUGGUAAACAGGGUUGCGUAUGCUAGAAGUGCCUUAUAGCAUUUCUUUUUUUGAAUUUUUAGUUCUCAUUACCAUAGUCUGUUGUGAUAUUAAUAAUACUGGAAACUGGGUAAAUUUCUGAGGAGUUUUCUCCCCUAUUUAUUGAUAGUUGUUACUUUUAUUUACCACAGAUGGAAUUGUCCUUUUUAGUGGCAAAAUAAGUAGGGCUAGAGUAGUGAAA